AUGAUGUCCACUGAGCGGAUCCAGUCACACAAGCUCCCAGAAGAGAGACUGGACAAGCGAGACACACACAGCAACCACUUGGAUGAAAUUUCAGAGCAGUUCAUUAUGAGUUGUGAUAUUAAAAAGAAGUCCAGGAGGGGAAAAACUGUUCAGGGAGCCCCAAACCCUGACUUGGAGCACAAAAAGCCAAGGAGAAAAGAUGCACCUGCCCUGCACAUUCCUACUUUUAUGACAGGUGUUCUUUCUGAGCAUUUAACAAAAAGACGCGACAUCGACGAGAAGCCACCAACAGGCAAACUGAGUUCAGCUCUUCACAGCAGUGACCUGGAGCAGAAAAAGCCAAGGAGAAAGGACACACCUGCUCUACACAUGUCACCUUUUGCAGCAGAAUAUGAGCUCCUUGGUGGCAAAAACUGUCUUAUUUGCUUCUAUUUGUAUCCCCAGCGCUUAGCAGCAUGA